CCGCGUCACGUCAUCGAUCCAUCAAAGCGGCGACCGUCGCAUUCAGGGCGAUGCAGAGGACUGUCGUGAGGCUAGCAGGCUCAAGUCUGCGGCUCAUAGCUCUGCCUCUGUGUCGCAAGCCGGCAUUGACAUAUUACCAAGCUCAGCUUCGGCAAAGUGAAACGCCAUCGACCGCAGACCAAUUAGCCUCUUCGUCUGGCGGCGGCAGCACAGCCGUCCCGCCUCCAGCCGAGACAGAUGCACCCAAAGCCAGCUUGAUCACUCGAGCGACGAACAAGGGAGGGGAGCUGUGGAGUAAGCUUGGCAAGGGACCGCCCGAUGGCUGGAAGCGGACAGUGUUUAACACGGGAGAGAAGCUGAUGGACAAGAUAGAAUAUGAGGAAUGGGCGCUCAAGCAGAUCGAUCCUGAAGUAGCGCCAAAGCCAAUAAAAAGAGCAGGCCAAGAGCAGCCUCAACAUGUAGCAAUAAUAUACCCGGACUCGGUGCUCAGCGGCUCGGAACUGCUGGACGCAUUGCAAAAGCAACUCGCCGACCGCGAGCCUCACCAUAAGACGCGAAUGUACAGAUUUCUCUUGGGCUCGCCAAUCACCUGGCCGUUUGCACUGAUCCCAGUCGUGCCCAAUUUCCCGCUAUUUUACAUGCUAUGGCGAGGGUGGAGCCACUGGAGAGCAUACAAAGCAACAAUGUAUCUGCGCGAUCUAUUCGAGCAUGACAAUGUCAAAGCGACGAACAGCGCACGGCUAAAUCAGAUCUAUGCAGCGCAUAUUGACGCUCGUAUAGGCUCGGAACAAGUCGAGAGCGAUGCCGCCAAGACCGGCUCGGAUGCAUCCAGCUUUGCGAACAACACUUCCAACGUCAAUGAGGACAAUACAAGCAGUGUGAAGGGGGAGCAAGCAAGCGAUGCUGCGCGGACGGGCUCGGAUGCCUCCAGCUUUGCAAAUGCCGCAUCGAAUGCGGCGGAACACGAGACGACGAGCAAGACGCAUGCGACUGCCACGGCAGCCGUUCCGACACAGGCGAGCUCGAGCGAACAAAAGAGCGACGCAGCCGCGACAGGCUCAGAUGCGUCGAGCUUUGCCAAUAACAGCUCAACUGCGGUAGAAUCAAAGAUCACUAGCAGUGACGAGCGAUCGAACCGAAAGGAGGGGGAGAGUGAUGCUGCUCUGACAGGCUCUGACGCUUCGAGCUUUGCCAAUGAUACAUCCAGCGUGUCAGCAUCGUCCAGCACGAGCACCAGCGCAACAGAAACCGGUACAGCUCGGCGAAGUACGGACGCAUCAAGUAGCCCUGCAGAUGCACCGUCUCUGCUGCUCACAAAGGAGGAUAUACCCAAGAUAUGCUCAACUUUUGGCCUGGACGAGCAGGCCGCUAUAGACAUCAGGAGAGCGAUAGAGCAAGCGCAAGUCAGGCUCACUAAUGCACAGAGCCCUGCUUGAUGUAUUGACCAUUGCAUGACGCCCUCAUCAGACCGA